ACAGGAAAGAGUUAGACUGCGGCAUUGCCGUUGCUUAUAUGGCCACCGGUACCCGUUCCAGCAACAAAAUGAAGCCUUUACUAUCAUUUCAAGCAGCAGUUGUUUCGUCUGCUUUGCUCUUCAUGUGCGUCGACUUGGGCCGGUGUAACAACGGGAGGAGGGUUGGAGAUGUUGUGGACGCAGAACUCAAUGACUUCUCCUUGCCUCUAGAACAUUCUUUUGAAGUUGAUGAUUUCGCCAAGUUCCAGGUGCGUGGAUCUCUGGUGCUGCGAGCCGGGAGGGAGCCCAGUGUGUCACUAAGUCAGAACCAGCUGUCUGAAGUGGACAGAGUCAAGCUGAAAGAAGUGGCGUCAGUGGACGGUCUGUACCGAAUCCGAGUGCCUCGGGUGUCCCUGCAGGCUGACAGACAGACGGAGCGGCAGAUGGAAGGUUACCUCACCGCCUUUGUCAGAGCCUGUGCCAUGGUAGAGUCCCACCUGAGCGACAUCAUCACCCUCCACACCGACGUGUCGGGCUACCUCAUCGGAAUCUCCAUUGUUACGAUACCAGGAGCCUGCAGGGGUGCCGAGGUGGAGGACGAGGUGGAUCUGGAAGUCUUCAACACCACGCUCAGCGUCAUGGCUCCCGUCAACGCGCCCGGACCUGAGACGGCUCUCUUCCUGGAGCGCAUGGAGCAGGAGUCGGAGAAAAAAGGGAAGAAUCCACAGGAGCAGAAAUCUUUCUUUGCUAAAUAUUGGUAUUUGAUACUGGGAGGCGCUAUCUUCCUCAUGGCCACCAAUUCGGCACAGCCCCCAGCAGGGGGAGGCAGAGAGCAGAGCUGAUGCCCGCUGAAUGGAUGUACAUCGUGCCUCUCGUCCUCUUCCUGAUGAUGUCAGGCGCUCAGGACCAGUCAGGGGGCGGAGCCGGGGGCGGAGCUGCCAACGGAGGCGGCCGAUGAUGUGACGAAUUGCAAACACGUGAUUGAUUUUUUUUUUUUUUUUUUUUUGCAAUGAUUUUCAACUGCUGUAGUGGACUUUUAAAAAGUGCUGUGAAGACGGGAAAAUAAAGUAUUUAUUACCGAC